AUGAAUUUGAUAACGCAUCAAUCUGUUUUUGGUGAAACACGCUGUUGGUUAUACUCAGUAGAAUGGCAGAAAAGAGGUUUACCCCAUGCACAUAUUUUGUUGUGGUUAAUUGAUAAGGUACAUUCUGUAGAGAUUGACAAUAUUAUCUCAGCAGAAAUUCCUGAUAAAAAUGUUGAUGAGGAAUUGUUCGAUAUUAUAACUACUAACAUGAUACAUGGUCCAUGCGGUACUCUCACUAUUAUGUCACCAUGCAUGGUGAAUGGAAAAUGUACAAAACAAUUUCCAAAAUCAUUUCAAAACGAUACUAUCACCGACAUUGAUGGUUAUCCCGCUUAUCGGCGACGUGACGUUGACAAUGGUGGACAAUGUUUUGAAUUGCGACUGUCGAAUGCCGGGGUAAUAGAUGUUGGUAAUCGAUGGGGAGUUCCUUAUUUGCUUUUGCUAUGCAAAACCUAUAAAGCACAUAUAAAUGCCAAACUGUGCAGCUCGGUGAAGUCAAUAAAAUACAUAUGCAAAUAUGUUCAUAAAGGGAGCGACAAAGCGAUAUUUGCAAUUAAAAGUAUUAAUGAGAAUGAUGAAAUAACUCGAUAUCAAAUGGGUAGAGAUACGUCAGCAGCAAUGAAGCUAUCUGGCGUAUUUUUGGUUUUUCCAUACAUGAAAGGAAUCGAUCUGUGGUACAUUUGGCUGUGCAUUUGA